AUGACGGAGCUUCCAAAGUAUGUCUUGAUAACCGGCGGGGCCGGUUUUAUUGGGAGCCAUCUUGUGGAUCGCUGCCUGGCGGAAGGCUACGAUGUGACCAUCCUGGACAACCUAUGCAGUGGGUGCGAGGCCAACUUCCGGCCGCACACAUCCAACCCCCAUUUUCACUUUAUCCAUCACGAUAUCAAGAACCCUUUACCGGUUGACCUCACGCUACGUCCGCCCGGGAAGGCGUUUUCGCUAAUUUUCCACCUCGCCUGCCCGGCCUCCCCGGUUCACUACCAACAUGACCCCAUCAGCACCACCCUCACCUGCGUGAAUGGGACCUACCACCUUUUAACGCUCGCGGUCCAGAUGGAUUGCCCGAUAUUGAUCGCCUCGACCUCGGAGGUUUACGGCGAUCCGACGCUGCACCCUCAGCCCGAGGAAUAUUGGGGGAAUGUGAACUUUACCGGAAUUCGCAGCUGCUAUGAUGAGGGAAAGCGAUGCGCGGAGUCCCUUUGUUUUGAUUUUCAUCGCCGCUAUGGCGCCAAGAUUCGGGUCGCGCGGAUUUUCAACACCUAUGGACCCCGCAUGUGCUUUGACGAUGGCCGGAUUGUUUCCAAUUUUAUGAUUCAGGCCCUUCGGGGGGACGACAUCACGAUUUACGGCACCGGGGCCUACACACGUUCGUUUCAGUACAUCGACGAUUUAAUCGAAGGGUUUUGGCGGUUGGUGCACCAUCCGAGCGAAAUUGGCCCGGUGAACUUGGGGAAUACCGAGGAGUACACGGUAAAGGAGAUGGGCGAAAAGAUCGUCGGGCUUCUACCGGGUUCGAAGUCGAAACUUACCUACCUUCCCGGGGUCUCGGAUGAUCCCAAGCAGCGGCGGCCGGACAACAGCAAGGCCAAGCGGGUGCUCGGAUGGGAGCCGAAGGUGAAGCUCGACGAGGGUUUGCGUCGAACUUUGGAGGAGUUCAAGUCUCGUCUCUAG